UGUAAAAUAGCAGAAUCGGGGCCCUGGGAACUGUUCUAAAUUUAAGUUUGUCUCUGAGAAUGUAGUUUAACGUAAGUACGUUUAAGUUAUUGUUACGAUUUCCAAAAAACGGUGUAGCUUAUGUGUAUGUAGCUUAAACAAUGUCGCCUAUUAUGACGGAAGACAAAUUUUCAAAUGACACGAGUAGCCAAUUAAGUGCGUUGCAUUAAUAUCAUCAGCUAUUAUUGAAUGCAUCGAACGUAUUAUUAGCGAAUAAUUAGUUGGGGGAAAUUCGUUGAGUUGUUCAACCGUGAAACGCUUUCAUUUUCUUAGGACACGGGAGACACGUGUGCGGCCGGCGGUGGAGGCGCACCCCGCUGGCUCGCGGCUUCAUGAUCGUGCAGUAAUGCGCCCUCGUUCAGUCCACCAUCGAACACCUUUCGUGGUUAACGUUCUCGUACAAUGUAAAUAGUGCGUCGCAAGUAAACGGUAACAGUGAUUUGUACAACAUGUUUAACAAGAGACUCUGUUUUGCGUUAAUAACAUUAUUAGUUAUUAGUAAUGUUGUCUACAGUAAAAAAACUAAAAAAAAUAAGAGACCAAAAGACCAAGAUGAGUCUACAACACUACAACCAAAUGUUGUCGCCUACUCUACUUUCGGAUUUAAUGAUGUUGGUGCUUACGACGGGUUUGUGCCGACAUCGCCAGAUUACGCCAGCUUUCUCAGUGGCGUCAAUCAAGAAUCUACGACAAGAUUAUAUGCUCCUGCAUUUCCCAGCUCCUUAGAUUCUACUGGAUUUAGUGGAAAUUUUGGUUCGCAGUCAGGUGACGCACAAUUCUUUGGUGGGAAUGAAGAUAUGGGGCAACCUGGUAUGUUACAAUAUACAUCUAGUUCAAUGAAUUUUUUCAACAACCCUAAUUUUGGUGCAGCAGGCGAACAAAAUAAAAAUGUUGAAAGUGAAGAUACAAACGGUAAAAAUGCAGAAGAUUCAGAUGCACCAGUUUAUGGAACCAAAAUUUCUCGAAACAAGUACAGAUCUGGCAAUGUAUUUAAUAACACUGAAUAUAAUAUGUUUAACGGCGGUGUUUCAACUCUGUCUAAUAAUAAAUAUUCAAACAUUCACGAAUCAGAAGCAACACAAGAAAGCAAACCAUCAUUUGCUGAGGCUCAUAUGAAAUACCAAAAUAAUAACGGAUUUGAUCAAAAUUUUGAACACCAAGAAAACGAAGAUUUUGGUAGACCAUCUCCUACUAAUAACGGAUUUAAAUUUCAGAAAGUUGUCGAUUUUACAAAAAUAAACUAUCCAACCGCUAUAGACACUAGUCAGUUUUUAUCAGGAAGCGUUCAAUCUCUCAACCCCCAAAAUUCUCUGAUGACCACUCAAUUCGAAAGUUCAUUUUCUAAUAACUUUAAUUAUAAUAAUAUAAACAACAAUAACCAUAAGAUAACGAAUUCCCCGCCAAAACAGAAAGAUCAUUAUAAUAUAAAAGACAAUGAAGAAAGUAGCGACAAAUCUGUUGUAAAAUCAAGUUCUUUCUUUGAACAAGAUAACACAUUAAAUCAUGUUAAUAAUAACUAUAAACAUAAUACACACCACGGUAACAAAAAUUCUGAAACAAAAAAGAAAAUUAAGAAGCCUUGGUCAGCCGGUAAUUAUAGCAAUGACUUCAAAAAUUGGAAAGAUGCCUCAAGUAUAAAGGGUUAUGGGUAUUCUACUAACUUUAGUAAUAUGAAUUUUAAAUAUGGUGUAAGUGAAUCUAAGAAUCCUUUUAACCAUGACGAAAUAGUACCUGCAAGCAGUAAUGUAGAUUUAACCAACUACCAAUAUCCAGAGUCAAGUUAUUCAAAUUUUAAGAAGUUACCAGAAUUCAAUGACGAUGAGGACUACGCUAGUCAUUCAUUCAAAGAUAAAUUUAAAGCCAAUGACUAUUUUAAUCAAUUUAAAAAUUCAUUCAGUACGGUACCUACUACCACCUCGUAUUGGGGAAAUGCUUACAAAACAUCAGACUACUCUUCCUAUAAAGAUCACCCGAAGAAAUCUCAUUUUAGCGAGACUGGAGAUACUACUGUCAAUAUUCCAAAAAGACCUCGAAAACCAAGUUUUACAAAAACUUCAGAGAAUAAACAGAACGACUGGCCUUCUGCAUAUCAUUCAAGACCACAAAAAUUGAAUAAACCAACGAGUGACUGGUCCAAAGAUUUAUUUGAUACUAGGUAUAAAUCUGAAGAGGAUUUAUUAGGCCUCAGAACUCACGAUACGUCACACCCAACAUAUUUACCAACAUACAAGCCCAGCAACAAUGUUUUCGACAAUGACAGCGAAUUUAAAAAUCUAGUUGAUAAGUGGAGACAGUCCUAUUUGAAGACAAAGUUCAAAGAUGUUCGGGAUUAUGAAAGUUACGGAUCUGAGAUGAAACCUACACACGUGCCAAUACCAAAACCAUACCCGAUAGAAGUUCCUCACCCGGUAAUAGUUCCGGUGCCGCGUCCGUUCCCGGUGCGAGUGCCGGUAUCUCGGCCGGUCGCGGUGCCCGUGCUGCGGGAGAUCACCGUGCCGAUCGAGAAGCCGGUGCCCUACCCCGUCUACAAAACGGUUCCCUACCCGGUAGAGAAGCUAGUCCCUGUGCCUGUCGAAAAAGAGGUGGCAGUGCCAGUAGAAAAGCCAUACCCAGUUCACAUCCCGUACGUGCGGCCAGUGUUCCAUCACACCAAGCCGGUUCACGAAGACCCAGAAAAUGACCACUUUGAUGGGGAUGACUACAUGCGGAGGCCUGAUGCGAAGAGACCUACCCAGUUUAAGAAGAGACCGUAUGGAACUCGCAACAAAUCGCGUCGGCCAUCUCGCGCCAGUUUCCAAGACCGCAACAGGAGGCGGUGGCCUGAACGCCGCAGGCCUUCAGGCUACACAGAACAUAGGGAAAGACAUCACUCGAGGCCCUCGGAGUUCCACCCACCGCCUUACAAGCAUCACGAGUACGAACGCGACGAAGACGAUGAAAACAGUGAUUAUGCCCGGUACUGCAGGAGAACCGGCAAUUGUUGAUUCAACAGAUAAAUAACACAGUGAGAAAAGACUGUUAUGAUAAGGAUUGAUAACUUUAGGUUACCUAAAUACUCGAUUUGUUAUAAGUCCUUACAAUUGCAUUUGUAGAUUGUUUCUUGUUUUAGCACCAUAUUUUUUAUCUUAAAUUGUUAUUAUGUAGAAUAGUUUAAAGUAAUGAGUACUUAAUGUGUUCUAUAUAGAGUUAGUUUGGUGAAAAACCCUGCUGUGCCAAAUACUCUCUCGUACCUAUUUCUAUUUUUGUACUCGACUGCAAAUCAUCAUUUGUAUAGUAAGUUAAGAUUAAAAUUAUGGGAUAGUAAGUAAAUUUAUUUGAAAAGAAAA